AUCACCCACAGUCACCAUGGCUCUCAAGGUUGUCCUGCUGUCAGCCCUCGCGGCCGUCGUCCUUGCCCGCCCCGACAUCCCUGCAGCCUCCUAUGGCGCUCCUGCUCCCUCCUACCACGCUCCGGCGCCCUCUUACCACGCUCCGGCGCCCUCUUACCACGCUCCUGCCCCUGAGGCGCCGCCCAAGUACGACUACAACUACGCCGUCAAGGACGAGUACUCCGGCAACGACUUCGGUGCCCAGGAGGCGCGCGACGGCUACGACACCCAGGGAUCCUACUACGUACAGCUGCCCGACGGCCGCCUGCAGAAGGUCACCUACACCGUCAACGGCGACUCAGGCUUCGUGGCCGACGUGACCUACGAGGGCGAGGCCCAGUACCCUCAGGAGAGCUACGCCCCCGCCCCAAAGCCCUCCUACGUCCCAGCCCCAGCCCCCUCUUACGUCCCCGCCCCAGCCUAUCAGUGAUGCCCCUCAUCCCGCCCUGCCAUGGCUAUUUAUUAAAGUGAACACUUUCUUCA